AUGCAGCACUGGAGAGCUUCUCUGCAAAGCCCCGUCUGCAAAUAGUCAGUGAAUGCUUCUGUCCUGCACUCAUUGCAACGUAUUUUCUUAUAAAGAAUCUGUCCACCUUUAUGUGGGUUCAUCUGGAUAUCUGUUCGGUUUACAAACGGGAUUCUCAACGCAUUAAUGGAUUCGCUACAAACCAAUGGAGAAACAGACAGCAAAUGAAACAUGGGAAUAAACAGCUUGCGAUCGAAAAGGAAUAACUGAUUUGGGAUAUUUGUAUGAUCUAAAAGUGUGUGGUCGUUUACAGCACAACUUGGUUGAAAGUACAGAAUAAUGUUUUGCCAGGACUCCAUGGUUUCAGCGCGGGUCGGUUUGCAUAAGAAUGCACCUGGCUCAGUUUUCUGCCUUUCUUUACCUUAAACGAGGAAAGAUGUUUUGAAACCGUCAACAAGGGAUUUCUUUAGAAUUAGUGCAAACAAAGCGGGUGGAUACGUUUUCAUUUAUUAAGGUAACUGUAUGUGAUUUACCAUGGCCAAGGUGCUCUGCAGCCUCCUUCUCUUGGGAAGCGCAGUUAUGAUAACAACCGCCUGCCCUAAAUAUUGCAUCUGUCAAAACCUCUCUGAGUCCUUUGGUACACUAUGUCCAUCCAAAGGUCUGCUGUUUGUGCCCCCUGACAUUGACAGAAGAACUGUGGAAUUACGAUUGGGAGGAAACUACAUUAUUCAAAUCACCCUGCUGGACUUUACCAAUAUGACUGGCCUUGUGGACCUCACACUGUCCCGGAACACCAUCAGCUUCAUCCAGCCCUUCUCAUUUGUGGAUCUGGAAACCCUACGUUCGCUGCACCUGGACAGCAACCGGUUGACUGAGCUAGGACCAAAUGUCCUACGGGGCUUAGUGAACUUGCAACACCUCAUUCUCAACAACAACCAACUUACACGCAUCUCCAAAGAGGCUUUUAAUGACCUACUGCUCACCCUGGAGGACCUAGAUCUAUCCUACAACAACCUGUGGAAUGUGCCUUGGGAGGCCAUCCGUAAAAUGCUUAACCUACACCAGCUGAAUCUUGACCACAACCUUAUUAGCCACAUUGAUGAAGGCACUUUUACUGACCUUGAAAAGCUAGCAAGGCUGGACCUCACAUCGAACCGUCUCCAAAAACUUCCACCCGAUCCAAUCUUUGCUCGAUCACAGAGCAACACCAUUCUGAGUACACCUUUUGCUCCAAUCUUGUCUCUCAGCUUUGGUGGGAACCCACUUCACUGUAACUGUGAAAUUCUAUGGUUGCGUCGUCUAGAGCGGGAGGACGAUAUGGAAACAUGUUCCUCCCCUUCAAGCCUAAAAGGUCGAUACUUCUGGUAUGUGCGUGAGGAAGAGUUUAUUUGUGAGCCACCUUUAAUUACACAACACACUCAUAAGUUAUUGGUAUUGGAGGGGCAGACAGCCAGCUUACGUUGCAAGGCUGUGGGCGACCCCAUGCCACUCAUACACUGGGUUGCUCCAGAUGACCGUCUAAUCAGUAACUCAUCCACGGCUACAGUCUAUGAAAAUGGCACAUUAGACAUUAUGAUCACCGCUGCUAAGGAUUAUGGCACAUUUACAUGUAUUGCGGCAAAUGCUGCAGGAGAAUCAACAGCUUCAGUUGAGCUCUCCAUCAUUCAGCUUCCACACCUUAGCAAUGGAGCUAACCGCACAUCCCAGCCAAAGUCAAGGCUGUCUGACAUCACCAGCUCAGCUAAAACCAGCAAAGGAGAGACCAAAGCCCAACCAGAGCAGGUAGUGUCAGUGUCAGUGGUCACUGCAGUCUCCGCUCUGAUCAAGUGGACAGUUAGCAUAGUGGCACCCAAAGUUAAAAUGUACCAGCUCCAGUACAACUGUUCAGAGGAUGAUGUCCUGAUUUACAGGAUGAUUCCAAUGACCAACAAAUCCUUCUUGGUCAACAAUCUGAUGCCAGGAAUGCAGUAUGACCUGUGUGUGCUGGCUAUCUGGGAGGACACAGCCACCACAUUGACCGCGACCAACAUACUGGACUGUGUACAGUUUGAGACACCUGAUGAGUAUCCCCACUGCCAGUAUUUGCACAGUCAGUUUUUGGGUGGUACCAUGAUUUUAGUGAUUGGUGGAGUUGUUGUGGCCACUCUCUUGGUUUUUAUCGUCCUUCUUAUGGUUCGCUACAAAGUGACCAGUGGUAUACAAGUUACAAAGCUAGUGACAUUAAGCAACACCUACUCCCAGACCAAUGGUAGGACACAGGCAGCACAGCGUCUUAACAAUGGCGCUCAUACACCUAAAGCUCCAAAGACUGUUGUGGUGAUGCGGGAUGAAGUGAUGGAGUUUAAGUGUGGCUCUUUGCAGGGUAGUAUCUCGUCGUCGUCCUCCUCGUCAGCUGAUUCCUUUGGCAGUGAGAAAGUUGAGUCCUUUAAUCAACAUGGGGUGUCCAGUACCUUGCCCAACAGGUGGAAGCAGAAGUCAACCAAGGCAAGGCCACAUCUGGACAACCUACUUGGGGCAUUUGCCUCUCUAGACCUAAGACCUCCCACAAAAGAUCCAGGAGGACCAUCUGCCUCAGGGUCCAUGACAAUGGCCAUGAGACCCCCCACUGAUAAGGAGCCUUUGCUUGGCCAUGGAGAAUCAAGGCUUGAUAAGCUUGUAAUGCUGCCAUCAGAGAACAAGCCCGAGCGCAGCCACUCAUUCGACAUGGGUGACUUUGGUGCUUCACAGUGCCUUAGCUACCCACACCGCAUCAGCAACAUUUGGACUUCUGUAAAUGGAAUGCUCUUGCAAUUCGAUGAGAGUGAGGGUAAUAAAGGAACCAUGGAUAGCUCUGAGUGGGUCAUGGAGAGUACAGUCUGAUUAAUGUUUUGCUCUGCCAAAUAAAACAAGGUAAAAAAGAACACAUUCUCCAAACUUGCCAGCAGAAGGGGAAAAUAACCUGUUGCAUCAUAUGACGAUGAAAAGGACUUGAUAGGCCAUCAAAAGAAACUUUGGAGAUGGCCAGCACUGUGUAUUGCAUGAUUUUCCAUGUCAAUGAUGUCAUCCUUCUGUCAUUUUGAUCGCAAAGAAGUUCAAAGGUCUCUGUCCGAGUUCGGCAAGCUUCCAAGGCCAGGGCUGGCCCUGUUUAUUUAGACAUUGGUGGAGGAUAUCUCUAGGUGCUUUAAGGCCUUAGAGCUAAACAAACACUCAAGAACGAGGGAUAUGGGGGUAUCUGAGAGAAGCAUGGAGAAUGAAAGAGAAUUUAUCUGACUGUGCACUGCAGUUUGCCAAGAGGAUUUUCUUCUGCAAAGUGGAUGUGCAUCACAAAGGACCGAAUGUUCUCAUGAGAUGUGUCUAAAUCUUUAGCAUAUAAAAAAAGCUAAUGUUAUGAAAUGUUAUAGGUUCUUUUUAAAUUAUCUCUUUAUUUCAGUUUAUUUCACAAUUUCACACCCUUAAUUUCAUUAGAACUGGAAACUAUAAUUCAGUAAGACUUUUGUUAUAGUUGUAUCCAUGAGGUUUCUUGAUACUUUGCCUCUCUCAUCAGUUUCAUCAGCUUCUCACCAUUUUUACUAUUAUUUUUCUCAUUAAAGGGUCUGUUGCCUGAUUAGCUGGCUGCAAAUUAGACUUAGAAUAUUCAUAUUUGUUUUCGCACUACAACUAUUAUAGGGUUUAAAUGUAAGUAAUAAGGGUCCAAGACGAAAAUGCCCAAUUUUUUGCGAAAGUUAGACAUCUAGGACAAGAUCUAUACAAAAUUGUAUUUGUAGAAACCCUUUUUAUUGCCAAAUGGUGAUGACAUAUUUCAUUCUUACAUAUUGGUGAAUCAUGAGCUGGAUAGUAAAUCGACCACAUGUCAUUAGUGUGCCCAUGAGCAAGGCAGUCACCUCAGGUUGCUCAAUGGUAUUGUCCUGCUAUUGGUGAACUGUAAGUCGUCGAAACAAGCUAAAACAAAGUGUUGUAAAUCAAGAUACAUGUAUUUUUGCCAAAGUUGCAUUUGAAAAUAUGGUAACACUUCCUAUGAACACAUACAGUAUGCAUUAUGUACGGUAAAGCUUGGCUACUGCAUUAUCCAGCACAGGGUAGCCAGAUGUUUAGGUUAGAGACCCAUGGGCCAGGAUUUUGCCAAAAAUAUAUUAAAUUGUUAUUGGUGUUUUAUGUAGGGUCAGGCUUACUUUGAACUUCAUAAUUUUUCCUGUCCCUUUAGUUCUUAACACCGUAAUCAGUAAUCAUAUUGCCUUUCAAGAACAUUUUCUUUGUAUUGUGUUUUAAAUGUUCAUAGGAAGUUUUGCCCAAAGAGACAUGUACGAUGUCCAUUUUUCUUACUUUGCAAAAAUCUUUAUUUUGCUAUGUUAAAAAGCCAACCAUUUUAUAAAAGGGUGUAUCUGGUUUGGAUUGAGUUAUACAGACAUUAACACAAAAAACAGUGCUACACAAACGUAACAUUUUGUUAUUUUAGUUAUUGUUAUUAACAUUUUUAAUUAAACAUCUAAGCUAUAAUAUAGAUUGUUCAUUACUGCUCCUGUAAUUAUAAUUCCUUUUUUGAAAAGUUUCUAUACAAAUGAUCAAAGAAUGUUUGAUGGUAAUCUGUUGAGUAAUUCUCUUAUUUCUCUGGUCAAAGUGAGGAGGUGAAAUAAUGUAUUGUUAUAACAAGUGUGUGUAUGUGAAGCUUAAUUCAUGUUUUUCACAUUGAAGUUGUAGAAAAGAGCACAACUAAUUCAUUCUAAAACCAUUUCAGUGUUUGAAAGAUUU